GGUAAUUUCUUCUUGGCAUUCUUCUUCUUGACUCAAUCUACAACUUCAAAUCCCGCAACCGAUCCAUUCAGAGGAUAUGGUGAUGAACUCUUUGAUUUAGCUCGAUCACUUUAUCUAAUGGUUAUCAUUACAAUUUUUAUUAGUUCUAUGGGUAAUCGUCCUCAAGGGUCCAAAACCACGUAUACACUUUGUAUUAUCUUAUUUGCAACUAUCAUGGCCACUAUGUUAUAUUGUGCCGGCUACACAGUAUAUUUAGCUCUUAGCUCAGGACCAGAUCCUGUAAAUUUUACAAGUUUUAAAAGUAUUAAGGAAGCUAUAAAAACAGCAGCAUUCCGAGAUAUU